CAAAAGUAGAGUACUUUUUUUAUGUCGGAAUCAAAUCUUGUAAACACGGAACCAAGAAAGAUUUUGUUAUUUCGAAAUUGAAGCUUGAAGUUAUCUAAUUUUCUGUCAAAUACAUCGAUCCUUAUUGAAAUUAGGAAGAGUUGAAGAGGAUGUCGGAGAUGAUCUCGUCGUCGUCGUCUCCGGUGAAACCCAGGAGAACUUUCCGAUCUUGUUCAAAAAAGCUCAACACUUUAUCCAAAGAUGGGAGCAAGGAGACGACGAGUAUGGUCGAUCUUCCAAGAGAUUUGGCAGAGGAGGUGUUGUCCAGGCUUCCGGUGACAUCUCUGAGAGGAGCAAGAUCAUCCUGCAAAAAGUGGAACACUUUAACCAAAGCUGAGAGCUUUUUCAGAAAGCACAUGGGCGAACAAAAGCUGAGAGCUUUUUCAGAAAGCACAACGGUGGUCAUGGUGAUAGAGUUUCGGGUUUAUUUGAUGGCACUCAAUCUCCCAUCGAUAACCUGUCAAGGUAAACUUACUAGCCUUGACAAUUCAGAUCGAGUUGAUAUAUCACUAGUCUAUCACUGCGACGGUCUAUUGUUAUGCAUCGCAAAAGACUUGGCUAGUUUCCUUGUCUGGAAUCCUUACACGAGUCAAACCUUGUGGCUCGAGCCCCCCCGAAGUCCUCCUCACCCUAGACUGGACUGGUAUUCCUAUGCUAUAGGAUACGCCGCCGCCGAGAAUAGCAGCAGCAAAUGCUACAAAAUUUUGAGAUUUAUUGAUCGUCUCCGCAAUGACUUUGUAGAGCAUGAAAUCUACGACUUAAGCUCCUCUAAUUCGUGGAGGGUUCUUGAUGUCACUCCCGACUGGCAUAUAGAGUCUUAUGCACGUGGCGUGUCUCUCAAGGGAAAUACUUAUUGGUUUGCUCGAGAAAGGUAUCCAGCUAAACCAGCAGUUGGAGAACCCUACGAGGUUGCUGAUUUCUUGAUCUGUUUCAAUUUUACCACCCAGAGAUUUGGUCCGCGUCUUGGUCUGCCCUUUCACACUGGCUUUGAAUGUACGGCCACUCUUUCUAGUGUAAGAGAAGAGCAGCUUGCCGUCUUAUUUCAGAUUGAUAAUUCCUUGCAUAUGGAGAUCUGGGUCACGACUAAGAUUGAGCCUGAAGAGGUUUCGUGGAACAUGUUCUUUGCAGUGAAUAUGGAACCAUUCUUAGAUUUUCAGUUUGGAAUGUCACAAGGAAGUUUCUUCAUUGACCAAGAGAAGAAAGUCGUCGUGGUUUUUGAUAAAGACACAGAUAUGUGUUUCACUCGCAACAUAGCUUAUGUCAUUGGAGAGGGUGGAUAUUUCAGACGAGUAGAUCUCGGAGAAUCUAUAGAAUUUCAUCGUCCUUUUGGGUGCUCAUAUGUUCCAAGCUUAGCCCAAAUCAAGCAAUGAGACAGACCAAAGCUGAAAAAAAAGAAUAUGAACAAUUAGAUUGUUAAUCAGUUAAUCUUCACUAUCCAAUAUCUAUGUUUCUUUGGACCAAAAUAAGUCAGUUAGACAAUAUCUUUGUUCUCGAGCUUUCA